AAGGUCCAAGGGAAUCAUGUGGACAACUUUGUCCUCCCAUAACACAGAUAGUGAAGAGGACUGAAGAUCUCGUAACCCAGUGAAACAUAACUGAACAGGGUAGAAACCCAUCAAACUAAGUGUUUUUGAAUCUAUAAGGAAGGAAACCAGGUUUGAGGAUCUAGAGAGUGGAGCAUGAAGCUUAGCGUGGCAUUGUGUUUUGCUGGGGUCUUUGGGGCUUUGGCAGCCGUGUUUACCUUCCUUUCUUUUGGAACUGAUUACUGGCUUAUAGGCUCAGAAACCUGCAGCCCAGACAGUAAAGACUCUGAAGACAACGGAGGACUGACAAUAACGCUAGCUGCAGAUGUGGUGCACGACGAAGGCGGUGAUACAAUUUCAUAUCAUUCUGGUUUCUUCUGGACUUGCUACUUUGGACAGAUGUUUGAUAGCAACUUAAACAAGACGGCAGCAGUUGUGUUCUCAAACAAGAAUUUUGUAAAAGCCUGCUACCCUUCCUACCUGUACCCAUUCCCCCAGGAAAGUCCUACCAACAACACAACAAAUGAUAAUUCAGCUAUCAUCUACAGAGGCUUCUGGAGUGUCUUCAUGCUUAUUAGUGUGGCGACGGUAGCUAUUGGAGGGUUCCUCAUAAUCUGUGCGGCUCCUUUUGCUAACCACUGCUUGUACAAAGCAGGAGGUGGACUCUUCUUGACAUCUGGUUUUUUCCUGCUGGGUGUUGUGGUGAUGCAUGUGGUGUGGCUUCAGGCCCUGGAUGUGAUCCAAACCUACAUUGAACACAGUCGCUCUCACCAUUGUCCAGACUUCACACUGACCCUAAGCUACGGUCUGUCCUUUGUGUUUGCCCCCAUCGGCGUCCUCUUCUCCUUCUUGGCGGGCCUGCUUUUUCUGCUCAUCGGUCGAACUGUUCGGAUCCACCACUGAAUGAAAAGCUUACUGUUUUUACUCAUGCAAGAUGCUGUGUCAAUUGGACGUUCUGUUUUAAUCUGUUAAAUUUGAACACACUGAUCUGAGAGAAACAUUUUGUUUUGUUUUCUUAUGUGGAGCUAAUAGAAGUCAGCCUGAGAAAGAGUGCAUUU